AGCCAAGAAAAUAUAAUUUUCACACCGUUUGCAAGUUUUUAUUAAUUACAAAUAAACUAGAAAGUUAUUCAAAAAUAAAAUGAUUUCUACAAGUACUUCAGACUUCAUUAAAAUCAAUAUUACAAAUUCCAAGACGGAAAAUAUUGCAUUUGAUAUAAAAUUUCCAAAAUCAAUGACAGUUGGUGAACUAAAAAAUAAAUUGCAAAUUAUUACUGGUGGUAAUGCUGGCACCAUGGAGGUCCACCUCUACAAAGGGGAGCAGCAAAUGACAUCACUAGCUGAUGAUACCAUGAUGCUGGGUGCAUUGCCCAUUGAACCUGGCAUGAGAUUUCAUGUCAAAGACAAUUUCUGUUGGGAUUUGAGUGAUGAACCUGUGGAGAAGUUCGUUUUGCCCGAGUCAGAAUACGAUCAGAAGGAUAAUACAGUGAGAAGUUUUUUGAAAAGGAAUCGUAUGGGCAAGUACAAUGAAGAGGAACAACAACGAGAAGAUGCUAAACGCAAAGAGAAGGAAGAACUCGAAAAACAUAAGGUUGAUUUGUGUACCGUGGGAUCACGCUGUCAGGUUACAGUUAAGGGUUGCCCAACACGCCGUGGCACAGUCAUGUAUAACGGUCCUUUAGAGGGUAAAACUGGUACAUUUAUAGGUGUUAAAUAUGAUGAACCAUUGGGAAAGAAUGAUGGCUCAGUGCAGGGACAUCGCUAUUUCACUUGUCCACCCAACUAUGGCGGAUUUGUUUCCCCACUUGCUGUAGAAGUUGGUGAUUUCCCUGAGGAAGACUUUAAUUUAGAAGAUGAAAUCUAAACACGCCAUUAUUUAUAAGAAAUCUUCCACUCAACAAAACAAUAGUGUAUAAGCAUAUACUCCAUUAUUUUUUAUUGCAUAAUAAGAAUCUACAUAACUGAUUCUAUAUGUGGUCAAAAUUUGGUGAAAUUCUACUUCCACAAAGUGGGUCAAAAGAUCUAUUGAAAUAUUACUUUUGUUCUAGAUGUCUGCUAACACAAAAAUUUUAAACUCAAUUAUUUCGAAAUUGCAAAAAAAUUAUACACUAUUGUUUUAUUAAGGGGACGAAAUUGUCUAGAGACACAAAAUUGAUAUGGGUGGGAAAGAAAAAAUAAUUCUUGUCACAUGGAAUUCAUUUUUGUACUAAAAACAGAAAAUGAAUCGUAAUUAAGAAUGACCUCUUUUCAGAGCUCCUUCAUAAUUAGUAGAUAAGAUUUUAUUAUAGUAUAGAAAUGCUGAUAUUAUUAACAAUUAAUUAUUGAAAUCAAUAAAUGAACAAUAAAGAAAACAAA